UCCGCCUUCCGCGGCCAGCCAGCGUGACAGGAUGGCGGUGAGCGCGGCGCGGCUGGUGCUGCUGGCCGGGGCAGCCGCGCUGGCUAGCGCCUCCCAAGGCGACCGCGAGCCGGUGUACCGCGACUGCGUGCUGCGGUGCGAGGAGCGGAACUGUUCGGGGGGCGCUCUGAAGCACUUCCGCUCCCACCAGCCAAUCUACAUGAGUCUAGCAGGCUGGACUUGCCGGGACGACUGCAAGUACGCCUGCAUGUGGGUCACCGUCGGCCUGUACCUCCAGGAGGGCCACAGGGUGCCCCAGUUCCAUGGCAAGUGGCCCUUCUUCCGAUUCCUGUUCUUCCAAGAGCCGGCUUCCGCUGUGGCCUCUUUUCUCAAUGGCCUGGCUAGCCUGGUAAUGCUCUGCCGAUACCGCGCCUCUGUGCCUGCCACGUGCCCUAUGUACCACACGUGUGUGGCCUUCGCCUGGGUGUCCCUCAAUGCUUGGUUCUGGUCCACGGUCUUCCACACUAGGGACACCGAGCUCACAGAGAAAAUGGAUUACUUCUGCGCCUCGGCUGUCAUCCUGCACUCCAUCUACCUGUGCUGCGUCAGGACUGUGGGGCUGCAGCGUCCGGCUGUGGCCGGCGCCUUCCGGGGCCUUCUGCUGCUCCUGCUCACCGCACAUGUGUCCUACCUGAGCCUUGUCCGCUUCGACUACGGCUACAACCUGGUGGUCAAUGUGGCUAUCGGCCUGGCGAACGUGGCGUGGUGGCUGGCCUGGUGCCUGCGGAAUGGCCGGCGGCUGCCACACACGCGCAAGUGUGCAGCCGUGGUCCUGCUGCUCCAGGGGCUGUCCCUGCUCGAGCUGCUGGACUUCCCGCCGCUCUUCUGGGUCCUGGACGCCCAUGCCCUGUGGCACUUCAGCACCAUCCCCCUGCAUGUCCUCUUCUUCCGCUUCCUGGAAGACGACAGCCUGUACCUGCUGCGAGAGCCGGCAGCCAAGUCCAAGCUGGACUGAGGACCCCAGGGCGGAUUGCAGCCUUUUAGCUCUCGUUCCUUUUCUGAGCCAGGGUCUCGCUAUAGAGUCCAGGCUGGCCUUGAACUUAUGGCGGUCCUCCUGCCUCAGCCCCUGAGGCCUUUUAGCUUCCUGAACUUGGACUGUGGUCUCUUUGCACUGGGGCCAGGGCUCAGAGGGGAAGCCCCUGGGCACUGCGGCUGAGCUGCGCUUCAGAGGAGAGUGAGGACGCUGCCUCUGCUCCCCGCAGCCAGACAUCCCCACAGACUCCUCUUGGCAUCCCAGACCAGGUACCAGUUAGGGGCCCUGGGGCCCCCUGCUGCCACCCCGCCCUCCUCCAAGGCGCCACUAGAUGGCGCUAGAUGUCUGUUCUCUACGCAGUUGAAAGGCCAAUUUCUCUCCGCUGGGGUCACAGUGACAGCUGAGCUGGGACAGGACUGGAACCUGGGGAAGUGAUGCACUCUCAUUCUGAGGCCUCACCUCCCCCGCUUCAGGGCAGGACCCCAGAGGGCCCCUGCAGGCUUCGAGAGGAGGGGCCGGGCCAAGUGAGUGCAGAGGCAAGGGAGGGGGCGCGGAGGCUCUUGGGGGGAGGUCACAGGCUGUGUGCAAGUCUGAGAUGAGUGCCGCAGCAGGUGUGUGCGCCACGCGGUGGGGACUUUGGCGCAGGAUGGGGCCUGGGUCACGGUCCUCAGUCACCUGAGCACCAGCUCUGCCCGCGGCCACAGCCAGGCACAGACGUCUGUGGGGGCGGGAUGUGUACAUCUGAGUGAGUGUGCACACCUGUCUCCCAGCCCAGUGCCCCUUUGCUGCCCUUCUGAGCCUCACAGGAACCCCCGGUGACUUU